AUGGGGCAAUGUUACGGUAAGGUUAAUAAUCAGAGUAAGAAGAAUGGUGAAGAAGACAACGAAGCUAAUACAACUACUUAUGUUGUGUCUGGUGAUGGUAAUCAGAUUCAGCCUUUAACUCCUUGUUACGGAACAAGAGCUAAUAAGAACACUCCUGCUAGGUCAUCGAAUCCUAGUCCUUGGCCUAGUCCUUUCCCUCAUGGAUCAUCGAGUCCUCUUCCUUCUGGUGUUUCUCCUUCUCCGGCGAGGACUUCUACUCCGAGGAGGUUUUUCCGACGGCCUUUUCCUCCGCCGUCUCCGGCUAAACACAUUAAGGCUUCUUUGAUCAAAAGGCUUGGAGUGAAGCCUAAAGAAGGACCGAUCCCUGAGGAGAGUGGAACAGAGACAACAGAGCAGUCGCUUGAUAAGAGCUUUGGUUAUGGGAAGAAUUUUGGUGCUAAGUAUGAGUUGGGGAAAGAAGUAGGUCGAGGGCAUUUUGGUCAUACUUGUUCUGGUCGUGGGAAGAAGGGUGAGAUUAAGGAUCAACCUAUUGCUGUUAAGAUCAUCUCCAAGUCUAAGAUGACAACAGCAAUUGCAAUUGAAGAUGUUCGUAGGGAGGUGAAGUUAUUGAAAUCUUUAUCUGGUCACAAACAUCUAAUUAGAUACUAUGAUGCAUGUGAGGACGCCAAUAACGUGUACAUAGUCAUGGAGUUGUGUGAAGGUGGAGAACUUUUGGACAGAAUUUUAGCAAGGGGUGGAAAAUAUCCAGAGGAUGACGCGAAGGCUAUUAUUGUACAAAUUCUAAAUGUGGUUUCAUUUUGUCAUCUCCAAGGAGUUGUACACCGGGACUUAAAGCCAGAGAAUUUUCUAUUUACAUCUAGCCGUGAAGAUUCAGACUUGAAGCUUAUCGAUUUUGGUCUCUCGGACUUUAUCAGACCCGAUGAAAGACUGAAUGAUAUAGUUGGAAGCGCCUACUAUGUCGCGCCUGAAGUUCUACACAGAUCGUAUAGCCUUGAGGCUGAUAUAUGGAGUAUUGGAGUUAUUACAUAUAUACUCUUAUGUGGAAGCCGGCCUUUUUGGGCACGGACAGAAUCUGGAAUCUUUCGUACUGUGCUAAGAAGUGAACCGAUCUACGAGGACACACCUUGGCCUUCUGUUUCAUCAGAAGGUAAAGAGUUUGUGAAACGACUUCUCAACAAAGACUAUAGGAAACGAAUGUCUGCAGUUCAAGCUUUGACUCAUCCGUGGUUACGGGAUGGUAGUCGUGCGAUUCCUUUAGAUAUUCUGAUCUAUAAGUUGGUCAAAUCCUAUUUGCAUGCAACACCUCUUAGACGGGCUGCUUUAAAGGCGCUAGCGAAAGCAUUGACCGAGAACGAGCUAAUCUAUCUUAGAGCACAGUUCAUGCUCUUGGGACCAAACAAAGAUGGAAGCAUUUCCCUCGAAAACUUCAAGAUGGCGCUUAUGCAAAACGCAACAGACGCAAUGAGAGAAUCCAGGGUUCCUGAAAUUCUUCACAUGAUGGAAUCUCUAGCGUAUAGAAAGAUGUAUUUCGAGGAGUUUUGCGCUGCAGCGAUUAGCAUCCAUCAACUAGAAGCUGUUGAAGCUUGGGACGAGAUUGCAGCCGCGGGAUUCCAGCAUUUUGAAAGCGAAGGAAACCGAGUGAUCACAAUCGAAGAACUAGCAAGGGAACUGAAUGUGGGUGCAUCUGCGUACGGACACUUGAGAGAAUGGGUAAGAAGCAGUGACGGGAAGAUGAGUUUCUUAGGGUUCACUAAGUUCUUGCACGGAGUUACUCUUCGUGCUGCUCACGCAAGACCUCGCUAG